AUGAGAUUAACAUCCUGCUGCUUCUUGAUGACGUUUGGGAGAAGGACAUCGUUGAAGGAUUCACAAAGCAGUCUGAUAAUCGUCGCAGAUACUUGGUAACAACGAGAAACGAGGGAAUCUAUGAAAUCACAGAGGCUGAAAAGGUCGAGAUAUGCAAGGAUGAUGUCGAGGAGAUGAGCAAGGAGAUCCUCCUUUAUCACAGCCUGCUUUCCCGAGAAGAACUCGCGGUAUGAACUCCAGACUCCAUGGUACCCUUUGAUCUCGUCUAUCCCUACUUGCCUCUAAUUCUUCAUGAGAUUAUAUCAUCAUAUCGCAAGGUCUGCCUCAGAAUUGUCAACUGAUUUAUAAUAUAGUCUGGGAAAUCAUUAAUUUAGGAAAGUAGAUGGACGAUCCCUCAAUAGGUUUGGGUUUCUCCAUCCUUAAUCCUUGUUGACACAAAAGAAUAGAAAAGAAAAGGCUGAAUCUUGUUCUGAAUUUGCUCUUCUUUGUCAUGCUGUUGCAGAGGCCUUGCUGGACCGUUGUGGGCAUCAUCCUUUCACCGUUGCUGUUAUGGGCAAAGCCCCGAGGAAAGAGAUGAGCGCAGAUAAAUGGACAAAAGCCAUUGAUGAUCUUUCCACAUAUGCCACGUGUGAACCAGGGUCAGUUUGGAUCAACGAGACCAUGUUUGGAUCAUUUGAAUUUAGUUUGCAGGAUAUGCCGGAGGGUUCUCGGAGGCUUUUCACGAUUCUAGCCGCCAUUUCACCGAACCCGUGCUUGAAAUCUGCCUGAAUGUUCUCUGGUCUGCACUUGGGGAUGAGACCAUCUUCCCCCUGGUUGUCAGCAAGCUGGUUGAGGGCUCCCUUCUAAUAAAGACUAAUCCAGAGUACCAUGUGCUGAGGAGAAGAUGAAGGUACUUAUUAGUUUAUCUCAUGAAAGGGAGGCCGUGGUCGCAUUAGAGUCGAUGGUUCAAGCUCUAAUGGUGAGCAAGUCCAUCUCUGAGUUAGAAGCUAGCAGGAAGAGCUUCAGCAGCAUGGUUGGCCCCAAGUUCGCCGAGUUCGUCUCCUCUGGUUCUCCAGCCACUGUUGCCGCGCUUGCUAAGGUCAUCAGAGACCUAUUUGCAAAGGAGGACUAUUACGAGUACGCUCAUUCCCUGGAGAACACAGAAGCCAUUGAUAAGCUGCUGGAACUGCUAAGAAGUUGCAGUGACCCAGCGACUCAAACCAGCUUAUUUCAUUUGGUUGCAAAGCUUGCCGAACAUGGGAGUUGCAGAACAAUCGGUAAGGUUCUGGUGAGUGUCCCCAUGGAUCAUCUUGCAGAACUGUUGUCGCCCAAUGCAGAACAAUGGCACGAUUCUGUUUUUGGGACCAUAA